CAGACCAAGAUUGAGACUCCUGUGGAUGGUUGGGUUCUUGGAAUCACUCAUUCUCCACCCCGGCAUGGCAGCGUCAGGUGUUGAGCCUCUGUCAUGUGUGCACGCCGGUUUAGACUCCGAAUUCAAGCAGAUGCAAAUCAGGGUGGCGGAGUUUCUACGGUUCCUGUAGAGGAGGUCGUCGCUUCGGUAAGAAAUUGGCGCCCGUAUAGGUGUUGAUAAACAGAGUUGGUUCUUCGAUCAACGAUGGAGCUACAGUGGUGGAAGGCGGCAGUAGGUACUGGCUUGGGCCUGCUGGCGCUCGGACUGUUAGCCUACCAGAGUUGCAUGGACAACUCCUGUACUAGCCAGUCGGAGGGCUUCCUCCUUACCAACAGGGAAGACGAGAACUAUGCCCCGUCAGACCGGCACGCAAGAGAUUUGCCGCAGAAAAAGUACACGUUUCGCCCGUCCACGCUGGAGAGAGAUCUGGACUUCAACAUAUCGGGAACCGACGUGAUCGUCUUCCUGCACAUGCAAAAGACCGGCGGAACCAGCUUCGGUCGUCAGCUUGUGACGAACAUGGACUUGGAGAGACCGUGCCAGUGUCGGCGGGGGCAGAAGAGGUGCCAGUGCUACCGGCCAGGCACCGACCGGGACAUCUGGCUGUUCUCCCGCUUCUCUACCGGCUGGUCCUGCGGUCUGCACGCCGACUGGACCGAGCUGAAGGACUGUGUGCCCGACAUGAUGGACAAGAAAGAGAAACAGCCCAAGAAACGAAGGUAUUUCUACAUCACGAUGCUGCGGGAACCUGUGGCCAGAUACCUGAGCGAGUGGCGCCACGUACAGCGGGGAGCCACAUGGAAAACUUCUCGACACAUGUGCGAUGGAAGAAUGCCAACAGAAAAGGAGCUGCCAUCUUGUUUCGACGACAACUGGGUGGGUGUUGGCUUGGACGAGUUCACAGAUUGUCCGUGGAACCUCGCAAAUAAUCGCCAGACCCGCAUGCUGGCAGACUUGAGCCUUGUCGGCUGCUACAACACAUCCCGCGUAAGUCAGGAGCAGAGAAACCGCAUUCUUCUGGGAAGUGCGAAGACCAAUCUGCGGCGGAUGGCGUUCUUUGGCCUCACAGAAUUCCAGAAGAAAAGCCAGUACAUGUUUGAAAGGACCUUUAAACUUAAGUUUAUCGAACCUUUCGAGCAAGUCAACGGCACAACAGCAGGAAGAACACCCAUCUCAGAAGACAAAAAGAGGAGAGUAGAAGAACUGAACACUCUUGACAUUGAACUUUACGACUAUGCCAAAGACUUAUUUUUACAGAGACUAGAGCGGCUAAAGCAAAGUGAUCCAGACUAUUAUGAUUAUGUAGAUGAAGAAGUAGGUAACUGGUAAAGAUAUCCUCAUCAUUGCACUAUAUUACUUGUUGAAAUAUCGUUUUCAACAAUCUCAAGCCAAACCAAACCCUUGUACAGACAACGACAUAUAGCUGACUUAGUACAUGUACCAGGAAAUCCAAAGUCAAGC